AUGGCGAAAAUGAGGGUGUCAUACGAGUACUCGGAGGCGGAGGAUAAGAGUAUCCGACUAGGACUGUUCCUCAUCGUCUGUGGCAUCCUGUCCCUCUUUAUCCUCGGGUUCUGCUGGCUCAGUCCAACUCUACAGAGCAUGCAGAGCAAACCGGCCAACUGCACCGUGGUGUCCGUGCUCAGACCGGAGGAGAUGUUCGAGUGCGUGUUCACGUGCGGGGCGGACUGCAAGGGGACCUCGCUGUAUCCGUGUCUGCAGAUAUUCGUCAAUAAUUCCGAGUCGAACUCCGUGGCUCUGCUGCACUUUGAUGAGCAGCAACUGGUGCUGAACCCAAAGGUAAAUUACUAA